AUUCAAUUGACUGUUUUAUCUUAAUAUUAACCUAAUCUAGGUCCAGGAUGGGAAUCAAGGAUAUGAUAUUUAAGAAAAAGAACGCAGAUUUGUACAAUAUUCCAAUUCGAGGAUUUUCAUCAUCUAAAAAUUUUAAGUACAAGAUACGGGCUGAGAAAACCAUAAUUCCUGAUAUUGAAGAAUCAAAACCUAAACGAUGGCUUUACAUCCUUCUGAUAUUGCUGCUUCUUUUGAUAUCUGCGUCCGUGUUGAGCAGUUUGCUGGUUGCAAUGAAUAAUGAACUUGAAGUAGAAAAUGAAUCGUUAAAGAGUUCAACAACUACCCUAGUUACCGUAAGAACACAAACAACACCUGGGCCAAUAUUUGCCAAAAAUACAACAGUUGGUAAGUAA